UCCUUCUAACCCGUUUAUUUUUUUUUUCUUCUCCUGUGCAACUCCAGGGUCUCUCUGUCCCCUUCGGCCUCCGCUUCCUUGUUCCCUUUUCUCAGAGUCGGAGAGAAGAGUGAUGCCUUCAAUUGUGCAAAAUGGACCCAGAAACAAUCCUCAAACCCAAAAGCCUCACUCCAACUUUCCCAAUAAACCUCACAAUCCUGAUUCUCUGGCCAAGAGAGAAAGGAUUGAGAGGCAGAGAGAGUCUCUACCAAUAGCAUCAGUUAAGGAACGACUAGUUGAGGGGGUUAAUACCCAUGAUAUUUUGAUCAUUGUUGGUGAAAGUGGAAGUGGAAAAACAACUCAAUUACCUCAGUUUUUAUUCAGUGCUGGGUUCUGUCAAGAUGGAAAAGUUAUUGGGAUAACUCAACCCAGACGUGUUGCAGCGGUCACCGUGGCAAAACGAGUGGCGGAGGAAUGUGGGGUUGAAUUGGGGCGAAAGGUUGGAUAUUCCAUCAGGUUUGAUGACAAAACUUCCAGCUCUACAAGGAUUAAGUACAUGACUGAUGGAUUGCUACUCAGGGAAGCAUUGUUGGAUCCUUACCUCUCUAGAUAUUCAGUCAUCAUUGUGGAUGAAGCUCAUGAGAGAUCAGUCCACAUUGAUGUUUUGCUAGGAUUGCUAAAAAGUGUGCAAAAUAUGAGGUCAAACUUCAUGAAGGAUCUUGAUAAUAUGGAUGAUAAGAAGUCAAACAAUAGGGCAAUGAAGGGGACAGGAACUGGUGCUCAAUGUUCUAGUUUUCUCAAGCAAUGCCAUGGUAGAAAAUUCCCUCCGUUGAAGCUAAUCAUAAUGUCCGCCAGCUUGGAUGCUCGUGUUUUCUCUGAGUACUUUGGUGGUGCCAGAGCUAUUCAUAUUGAAGGGCGCCAACAUCAAGUUGAUGUACUGUAUACUCUUCAUUCUGAGCCAGAUUAUCUUGAUGCGACCUUGGUUACUAUAUUCCAGAUUCAUUUGGAGGAGGCCCCUGGUGACAUACUUGUAUUUCUAACUGGGCAAGAAGAGAUUGAAUCUGUUGAAAGACUUGUGCCAGAACAACUUCAUAAAUUACCUGAAGCCAAUCGAAAGUUGUUAAUUGUCCCCAUAUUUUCAUCCCUUCCAUCAGAGCAGCAGAUGCGGGUUUUCACGCCAGCUUCAGCUGGGCAUCUUAAGGUAAUAUUGGCCACAAAUAUUGCUGAGACGUCAGUGAGGAUACCUGGAAUCAAAUAUGUUAUAGACUCAGGAUUUGUAAAAGCACGUUCCUAUGAUCUAGUCAAAGGAAUGGAAUCAUUGAUAAUUGUUCCAACUUCAAAAGCUCAGGCUCUUCAAAGGAGUGGACGUGCAGGGCGUGAAGGACCUGGGAAGUGCUUUCGUCUCUAUCCAGAGCGUGAAUUUGAGAAACUUGAGGAUUCAACAAAGCCAGAGAUCAAGCGGUGCAACCUCUCAAAUGUCAUCUUGCAGCUGAAGGCUCUAGGUGUUGAUGAUAUCAUUAGAUUUGAUUUCAUGGAAAAGCCAUCUAGGGCAGCUAUCAUCAAAUCGUUGGAGCAUCUGUUUCUGCUUGGUGCUUUGACAGAUGACUGUAAGUUGUCAGAGCCUAUUGGGCAUCAAAUGGCUCGGCUUCCCUUAGAUCUUAUUUAUUCCAAAGCGCUCAUCCUAGCUAGUCAGUUCAACUGCUUGGAAGAAAUGCUGAUAACGGUUGCGAUGCUCUCGGUGGAAUCAAUUUUUUAUGCCCCUCGCGAGAAGAAGGAUGAGGCAAGAACUGCAAUGAAGUGCUUUGCAAGUCCAGAUGGAGACCAUCUCAUAGUUAAUGUAUAUCGGGCAAUAGAUAGACUUUUGAAGAAAAGAAAUAUGGAAGUUGGUAAUAAAAAGAAUCUCCGUGGAAAAAAUGAAAAAUUUCUGAGAAAAUGGUGCAAAGAAAAUUUUAUUAAUAGUCGAUCCCUGAGGCAUGCUUGUGACAUUCACAGUCAAAUUCGAGGGCAUGUUGAACAAAUGGGUCUUCCUAUUUCGUCCUGUGGAGAUGACCUGGUUCAAUUCCGCAGAUGCCUUGCUGCUUCAUUUUUCCUUAAUGCAGCUUUGAAGCAGCCUGAGGGAACAUACAGGGCUUUGGCAAGUGGACAGGUAGUGCAGAUUCACCCUUCUUCUGUAUUAUUCCAGUCAAAGGCAGAAUGCAUAAUUUUCAAUGAACUAGUCCAAAGCACUAACAAGUAUAUCCGCAACAUAACUAGAAUCGAUUAUUUAUGGUUGACUGAACUUGCUCCACACUAUUAUGCCAUGCGGAGUUAAAAUUUUCUGCUGGAAAUAGCAGGAAAGGAAGAUCUUUGUUUCUUACUAUUGAGGGUGAUGAUUGAUAAUGCAUCCAAGCAACGUGAUUUAUCGUCUGCAUCUUCUUGUCCAUUUCUUUGGACAUUGGUAGAGGAGGGGAAUAGCAGAAUUUUAGGAUUCUCACUUUCAACCCUUAUCUGGUUGGUGCUGUGACUAUUUGUCAUUAGCAGUAUCCUACAGAGAAAAUUGUCAAUUCCCUGUGGACUUUGCCGGCCAAUACAAGGAAGGAUGGUGAUGCUGCUUCAAUUGUCUUCAUUUUGAAUUUCUAUGACAGCAAGCCUGGUUGUUGAAAAUCAGCCCCGGUCAUGACUACAUGGAGUGGAGGAUGCACACUCCCCAACCUCCUCUUCUCUCUCUGUGUAUAAUUCCAUGUUAUGUAGGCUUGAGAAAUAAUACUUUGUCAUCAUUCUAAAUUAAAACAUCUUUAUUCCUAGAAGUCAGAUUCCCAACCCAUGGAUUUUAAGUUGCUCUCCACCGCGAUUUAUAGCCAACUCAGAGUAUAAAAAUUGAUGAUAUUCUUGUAUGGUUAUGUAUGUCUUGCACUGAUUGGCAGUUGAAAAUUUCCAACAUGUCUUUUAUCCAUUGUUUUUUUUCUUCAGGAAGGGGCUUUCUGAACUUGUAAUUGAAUGCCAAAAAUCUAUUAAACCUAAUCACAUUAUCAAUUUUUAACA